AUGACUUCCUUGGUAAAUUCCCUGGAGGUCGAGAUCAAGGAGAAGAACCCUGAACUGGUCAAUGAUAACACCAUCAUUCUCUGGCUUCUAUCAAACGUCCUGGCGGGCAGUGACUCGACAGCAUUUAGCAUUUACCAUGUGCGCAGCCAUCUAAUAUAA